AUGGCUAGCGAAUUAUGUCCUAUAUACUCUUCUUUUUUUGGCUUUGCAGGUGUUUGUGCGUCAAUGGUUUUUUCUUGCCUAGGAGCAGGCUACGGCACGGCUUUAGCCGGUAGAGGAAUUGCAGCUGUAGGAGCGUUUCGACCUGAAAUUGUUAUGAAGUCUUUAAUUCCCGUUGUAAUGAGUGGUAUUAUCGGUGUAUAUGGUUUAGUAAUGUCUGUCUUGAUUGCUGGUGAUAUGUCCCCCGACAGCGACUAUUCUCUCUUUAGUGGAUUUAUUCACCUCUCAGCCGGGUUGUCCGUCGGUCUUACUGGAGUUGCUGCCGGCUAUGCCAUUGGUAUUGUUGGUGACAAAGGUGUGCAGAGUUUUAUGAGACAGGACCGAAUCUUCGUAAGCAUGGUUUUAAUUUUAAUUUUCGCAGAGGUUUUGGGGCUGUACGGCCUUAUUGUUGGCUUAAUCCUACAGACGAAGGUUUCCAACGUCUGCUAA